AUGACAAAAAGGGCAGUUCCUAUUGUGCGUGUCGCAACUUUUUAUACUGCCAUACUUGUAUUAGGAGUUCCAGGAUUGCUUCUGCUGUCUUCGGUUUUCCUUGGUUGUAUAGCUUACACAAAACACAGACCGUGGAUUUAUACAGUAACAGAAGUUGCCAAUUUUGGACGCCUGCUCCUUAUUAUCUUCUUAUAUAGAAAUCUAGAAACUCUGUCUGUGUCAUUGCUUUUACCUUUAGUAAUCUUCUGGCACUUUUUGAAAGUCAAGUGUAAACCAUAUCUCUGGACAUUAGUUUUGCUAAUCCUACUCUCCCUAAAUGCAUCAGUGUCAAUCUAUUUACAUUAUGACACGCUGGAAACUAUGAAAGAACGAGAAGAAUUGACCUGUGCGACUGCAUAUCUCCACGUUUUGUCUGUGAUAGCAUUAUUUCAAGGAUCUCUGGAGAGAGGCACCACACAACAAGGUUUUUCACAUGCGUACAUGCUUGUGUACAUGCUGGGGGCAGUGGGUCUCAUUUUUGUGAAUUCUAUUGCACUGGCAGUAGAACUGAUUCUCAAAGCACGUGAGUACACUGAAGUGGUGCAUCUCAGAGUCAUAUCCUCAGAGGUAACAGCACAAGCGAUCAAAGAUGACUUUGCACAUCAUGGAAUCCCAGAGGACAAUUUUAUAUACACAACAAGCAGCCUGAGCUACCCUCAAGCAAAUGGGGAGGUAGAGCGUGCUGUCCGGACCCUCAAAGGACUGUUGGCUAAAGAAAAAGACCACAGAGAUGCUUUGCUGGCUUACAGAGCCACACCUUUGGAGCAGGGCUUCUCUUCCUCACAGCUGCUCAUGGGGAGACGCUUGCACACUACACUACCCUAA